UUGCAGUAACAGGAAGCUCCAAAAUACACGUCUGUUUGUGAGCGUCCGACCGCAGAACAAAGUGUUGACUUCACCCUCUGAGAGCCCUCCCCUUUCUGACAUCACCACUCUGUGUAUCAAGGGCAACAACAUCCGGUAACUCACUCGCUCGCUUCGCUGUGAAGGAGGCGACUCGAUCGCAGUUUUUGGUUUUGUUUUGUUUUUCCCCCACAAAUACAGUGAUAUUCGUUUUCCUUUAUAUUUUUUGAGUUUCAAUUCGGCCAGCCAUGUCGGCCCAGAACUCUCUUAACAUGAAGCAGCCGCCGAUCCAGUCAACGGCCGGAGCCGUGCCGAUCCGAAAUGAGAAAGGUGAAAUUUCUAUGGAGAAAGUGAAGGUGAAGCGCUAUGUGUCAGGAAAGCGUCCCGAUUAUGCCCCCAUGGAGUCUUCGGAUGAAGAAGAGGAGGAUUUCCAGUUCAUUAAGAAGGGGAAGGACGUUGAGCCAGAGGAGCUGGAAGAGGAGGUGGUCUCUGACCCUCGUCUUAAGCGUCUGCAGAAUCGUGUCAGUGAGGAUGUGGAGGAGAGACUGGCAAGACACAGGCAGAUCGCAGAGCCAGAGGUGGUAAUGGAGAGUAGCUCUGAGUCAGAAGAGGAAGGCUGGCUCCCAGACCGAGAGGAAAGCAGUGAGGAGGAAGAGGAAGAAGUGGAUGAUGAGGAAAUCGAACGGCGGCGAGCAAUGAUGCGCCAGCGUGCUCAGGAACGAAAGAAUGAGGACAUGGAGAUAAUGGAGGUGGAGGAGGAAGGUAAAUCCGGAGAGGAGUCUGAAUCGGAAUCAGAGUAUGAGGAAUACACAGACAGCGAGGAUGAGGCUGAGCCCCGUCUCAAACCGGUCUUCAUCAGAAAAAAGGACCGUGCUACUGUAGCUGAGCGUGAGGCAGAGGAGCUGCGUCAGAAGGAGUUGGAGGCAGAGGCAAAGAAGCAGGUGGAAGAGCGAAGGCACUAUACACUGAAGAUAGUGGAGGAGGAGGCAAAGAAGGAGUUUGAGGAGAACCGACGCACGAUCGCUGCACUUGAGGCGCUUGACACAGAUGGAGAGAAUGAGGAAGAGGAGUACGAGGCCUGGAAGGUCCGAGAGCUCAAACGCAUCAAGCGGGACCGAGAAGCUCGUGAAGCUAUGGAGCGUGAGAAGGCAGAGAUUGAAAGAUUCCACAAUCUCACCGAGGAGGAGCGCAGAGCCGAGCUUAGAUCCAACGGCAAGCUCAUCACCAACAAAGCGUCAAAGGGCAAAUACAAGUUCCUACAGAAGUACUACCACAGAGGAGCCUUCUUCAUGAACGAGGAACAGGAUGUUUUCAAAAGGGAUUUCAGCGCACCUACACUGGAGGACCACUUCAACAAAACCAUCCUGCCCAAAGUCAUGCAGGUCAAGAAUUUUGGCCGCUCCGGGCGCACUAAGUACACCCAUCUGGUGGAUCAGGACACGACUUCCUUUGACUCUGCCUGGGCUCAGGAGACCGCACAGAACAGCAAGUUCUUCAAGCAGAAGGCCGGGGGCGUGAGGGAUGUGUUUGAUAGACCUGCUGUCAAGAGGAAGACCUAAGCAUCGGAGGAGUGUGUUGGGUUCGAGUUGAAGACUGUGGUGCUGUCAAUAAAAUUUGAUUUCUUGCUGCAGGGCAGUGUGCUUCUAGGACACUCCAACUCAAGGAUCUGUCCCUCUCCCUCACAUCUCCCUUCAAAAGACUCUGUAGACCAGGCAAGAUAUUGACUUGGAAUAAAUUUCACUCAUGGAAAAUGACUUCAAUGAUAAAUAAGUUACUUUAAGGAACCCAGGAAAGCCCUUGCUCUGUCGUUUCUGUUUGCUUUGACACUGAGCUACCACGAAGCAGAGGAUCUCAAGAUUUUACUGCUUGCCUAACGGGACUGAAGUAGCUUUCUUUAUCCCCUUAUGAUACGUUGACUAUUUCAUUGUACUUAUGUAGUUUAAUUAAAGAAAUGACAUCAAAAUAAAUGUCUGUUUGCAGUGUGUACUGUAAUCUGUAGUGGCUGUAGCACAAUAUAGACCCAUUAUCUGUUGUAGAUUUCAUGGCCAUAUAAUGUUCUUUGGUUUGGUUUCACAGACCUGAAUAAGCACUAAUCUUUGACUAUCUAGUGUUGCCUUAGGUUAGAUAGUCCAAGAUCAGUGUAAGUUGGAGGCUGUAAAGUCACCCUUAAAUGUUUUCCAUCACGUACAAUCGAUAAACCUUGUUUAACAUUCCUAUUUUUAUUUUACACACUGUAAACACCCUUUCUUCCCUUAA